GCUCAUCUGUUAUGAAAAUGGAGAGGGAAGAUGGAACAUGUUUCUAGAUAUUAUAAACAUUUUGUUGGUAUUUCGCCCCAUGCCUCCAUGUAUUACUGAUAAAACAUGACCAAAACACCAACACAGAAAAGGAAAAGCAUGGAGUGGUGCAAAAUUUUAAAGAAAUAUGUUGAAAGAAAUAAAAAAAAAAGACAUACAGAAGAGAUAAAAGCAGAGGAUUUCGAAAUCUUCAAUGAGUACUAUCAGAAUUGGCGUGGAAUUAAUGAAGAGUAUAAGAAUAUUCCUAGUCUUUAUGUUAAGCUACCUACCGAAGAAGAACCUUUGUUACUUAAACUCAGGGAAGAAUCCAGAGCGGUGUUCUUACAGAGAAGGAGUAGAGAACUUCUAGAUAAUGAUGAACUGCAGCGUCUCUGGUUUCUGUUAGACCAACACCACACCCCGCCAAUAGUUGGAGAAGAUCAGAUGAUUAACUAUGAAGAUUUCCAGAAAGUUGGCUCAGAAGCAGGAGCAAAAUGCCAACAGUUUUUCUCAGCAUCAGUGUUCUGUAAACUUCUACAAACAGAUCCCUAUGGCAGAAUAUCUAUCAUGCAGUUCUUUAACUAUGUGAUGAGAAAAGUCUGGUUACAUCAAACUAGAAUUGGUCUGUCUUUGUAUGAUGUUGCUGGACAAGGCUAUCUCAAAGAAUCUGAUUUAGAAAAUUACAUACUAGAAUUGAUUCCAACUCUUCCACAGUUAAAUGGAUUGGAGAGAUCUUUCUACUCAUUCUAUGUAUGUACAGCUGUUAGAAAAUUCUUCUUUUUUCUGGAUCCAAUGAGGACUGGUAGAAUUAAAAUUCAGGAUAUAUUAGCUUGUAGUUUUCUAGAUGAUUUAUUAGAGCUUAGAGAUGAAGAUUUGUCAAAGGAAAUGCAGGAGUCUAAUUGGUUUUCUGCACCUUCAGCUUUACGAGUUUAUGGGCAAUAUUUAAAUUUAGAUAAAGACCAUAAUGGCAUGUUAAGUAAAGAAGAAUUAGCAAGAUAUGGUACUGGUACCCUAACUGAUGUAUUUUUAGAUAGAGUUUUUCAGGAAUGUUUAACUUAUGAAGGAGAAAUGGACUACAAAACCUACCUAGACUUUGUAUUAGCGUUAGAAAAUAAGAAGGAACCACAAGCAUUAAGAUACUUAUUUAGAAUAUUAGAUGUCCAACAUAAAGGAUACCUGAAUGUGUUUGCUCUUAAUUAUUUCUUUAGGGCUAUUCAAGAACAGAUGAAGCUUCAUGGACAAGAACCUAUAUCAUUUCAAGAUGUGAAAGAUGAAAUAUUUGACAUGGUCAAACCUAAGGAUCCAUUAAAAUUAACACUACAAGAUUUAAUUGUGAGUGGUAAAGGUGAUACAGUGGUCAGUAUUUUAACUGAUUUGAAUGACUUCUGGACAUAUGAAAACAGAGAAUAUCUAGUCCCAGAUACGGCUGAGGAAUCCGAGAUCUAAUGGCAGUUAUAAUUCAUCAACGGGAACUUGUGCAACUUAAUACAUCAUGUAGCAGUUUCCUUAGAUUUGUGAUAGAAUACUAGAAUUUUAAAAAGGACAAAAACCAGUAUUGCAAUAUCAAAUAAUGAUGUAUCACUUCAUAAAAACUUUGUCAAUUUCAUUUAUUCAUGGUAAAGGGCAGUUCAGUCAUUUUACAAUAAGCCUCCUCCAUACAAGUCAUGCAUUACUAGUCAUUUAAUACUUGAAACCGUCCACUUUCUGAAGAUAUUGGAUAAGUUGUCUCGUGUCAGAUUUAGAUAUAGAGUAUUUAAAGGGAUAGCUAAAUUUUUCAUAAUGUUGAAAUUGCAGACAAUGGUUUUGAAUUAAUACACAUUUUGUUUAAGCUUUCUGUUUUCUCAUCUGAAAAAUUGUACAAUAAUUCAUGGUGAUGUAUAUAGUAGAAAUCCUAACAUUUUUAGAAAUAAUAAGGUGAUGUUUAUAUAAAUGUGUGCCAUUACUAGUAAAUCCUAAAAUACAUUAAUGCUCCAAAUUACAUUGCCAGAUAAGUAUUAGUUAAGAUUUAUGUCUUUAUUUCUUUUCCAGUCUUACAUAACACCAUGUUUUAUAUAAAACAUUUCUAACUACAAAUAUUUAUUGAUUGUAUAUCAUCUUAAAUAAGACCUUUAUGGAUUUGUUUCAAAGUAGAAAUUUUCCAACAUAACGUGAAUAUAAGAUAUACUUAACUUCAAGUAAAACAUACAAAAAACUUGUCAGUAUAUGUUUCUGUGCACUGCCUAACUUCUUAGUGCAAUUGAUCAUAUGAGUUUUUCAGAGCUUUAUCUAGUUAUUAAGUUUUUUCCUAGAUAGGUUAGUUUUGAAGAUCUAUUCAUCAGUUUCUUAUUUUUUUAAUUAGAUAUACAUUUGUACAUGUUAUUGUUUCCGCCUCACCCAUGGAUUUUACUAAGCCUCUAUGGAUCAUAGGUUGUCUGUAGUGAACCGUAGAACAAAUUUAUCGUACACAUGACUUUUCCUGCUGACUUAUGUAUAAAAAUAAACAAUGAAAUACAAUAACAUUAAUAGAUGGCAUCACCAAUAUUAGUAGAAGUGACGUCAUGAUACCCCUAGGAAAUCUACUGACCCCCUACAGAUUCUUAGGGGUCACCACAUGACGGCGUUAAACCAAUCACAAAGUCACUUAUUUACCUGAGGUGCAAUGAGAUCUUAUAUUCUGUAUUUACCUAGAAUUUCAUAUUGUCGAGAACAUUUUGAAAGGAAACAUACCCGUACCACAAAUUUUGACCAUAAAUUAGAAACAAAAAUAAACUAUUUACUUUUAUUACUUCAAACUAUUUAAGGAAUUAUAUUUAAAAAAUAAAGAAAGCCCAAUGACUUACAACUGUGAUAUAGCAGUGUACUGAUUUAAACUAACAGUGACAAUAUACUCUUAGGUGUCCCUAAUUUUAAUGAACCAUUAGAAAUUGUUUUUUAGAUAUUUUGUUAUUGUCUGAAUAGUUUGUCUUGUUAAAGUUUGUUUUUUCAAUGUUUGUGUAUUUUGUCAUUGUUUGUACUGAGAGAUUGUAAAUUUGUGUAUUCUCAGGCUCCAAGCACAUCAUAGUUCUAUUGUACUUAGAAAUUAUUAGUCUCAUUUUUAGAGUAAAGUAAGUUAGACUUUAGGUAUAUAUUAUUAUCAAAAUGAUAAGUGUUUUUUCUUAGUUGUUUCUACAAAUAUAUACAUGUAUCACAAAAUAGCUGAAAAAAAAUUAAGACAAAUUACUUGUGAUAUAAUACAGACUAUGUUUUGUCUCAAAUUGUGAUGUAUUGUCAUUUCUUGUCAUCCUUAUUACAAUGUCUUCUGUUAUUGUCAAUAGAUUGUAUGUUCCACUACAUUACACACUUGUUCAACUAUUGACACAUUAUAUUUUAUUCUGUUGGUUUAUUUCAAAACCUCUCACAAUACCUCAAGUAGCUUAAUUUAAUCUACAUUCAUAGAUAAUUGGGCAAUAAUGAGCACUCCAUGGAGUACUGUAUGUUUGCUUAGGCAUAUAUCUGUAAAGAAUUUCUGCAAAUGUUUGUUUCCAUGAAGCAAUGCUCUCUUCCAUUUAGAAGAUUUUUAGAUUUGUCAAUCUUUAAUAGGACUUUCAAUGUUGAAAAAUUCAGCAAUUAUUAAAUCAUAUUACAAUAAUCUUAUUUUUGCUUUCACAUAUAUUUAUCAAAUGUUACACAAUGUUUGUUCCAUAAACUCCCUUGAAAUUUUGAAAUAAAUUUAGAUAUGUCUUUCCAGAGUUAUUGGCCUUUCAUUAAAAAUUUGUCAUUUCUAAGCAUGUCUCAUGAAACUCAAGAGUGCUUGCAAUCCCUAUUUACAAUAUGUGGGUUAACAUGAAAUUGAUUUUGAAGAUUUUGGGAUUUGUUGUGUCAGUGUUGGGUACUUUGAUUAUGAUUUUUUUUUUACAAGUAUCAGCAUGUCUCAGGUUAACUUCAGUUUAACCAGUUUUUAACAGAUCUUUACAAAAUUCCUUUUUUUUUAAUGUAUGAUGAUGAAUUUGUACUUGAAAAAAUUGCUAAAACAAAGGGAUAUCAAGUGGAAAGCAUGCUGUUGUUUAUGCUUAUUGAUCUUCUCGGUUCUUACUCUUUGUACUUUGCCAGCAGCUGAGAAUAAGAAUAUUAAUACAUGAAGGAAAAAACAUGUUGUAUCAAUUACUGAAAAUUUACAAAGUUGAACAAAUGUAGAAUUAAACCUGUUGAAAAUAAAAACAAAUAAAGUACAAUAGCUAGUAUUUAUAUUUUAUCAUCUAUGAUAUGUGACAUUGUCAAAUUUUUCGUUGACCCAACAAAGUGGGCAAACCUGAAAAUUGAACAAUGCCUCAAUAUUGAUAGUUACUGAUUUCUAAAAAGGAUAAUAGAAAUAUCAAUACCCUACACUGUAUAAUGCACAAUAUGCUAAGAUGAUAUAUUAUAACCAAUAAUAACUUUGAAAAUACUUAAAUACUAAUGUCCUAAAAUUUAUUUUAUUUUGCUUUCAGGCUUUUGCAUAUUGAACUCUUCAUAAAAUGCACAUUAAGAUUAUUUUAUCAUGUGUAAGAAUGAUACAGAUUUAAUUGCUUUUGAAGACCAGUUGUUAUAUGAUCUGAUACAUGUUAAAUAUUUAUUGAGAGAUUAUUAUCUGACUACACAUCAGCACACACAACUGUAAUUAGCUAAGUGUUACCAUGACAAGCUUGAGCUUGAUAUCAUGUGGAACAUAUGUAAUUUUAUUACAGACUUCAUAAAAAAACAAGUGUAGUAUACUUUGUGAAAAGCUAAAAAUUGAAAAUCAAUAUUGUUGAUCUUUACUCAGAUAAUGAAAUUUCAAUGGAAUUUUUAAAUGCAGUGAACAAGGCAGCAGCUGUAAAUUGUUUUUUAUGUUAUCACUGCCUGAUAUUGUACAAUAUUGUGUGUUUAUAUUGUAAAUAAAAUAUUUGUGAAUAAUA